ACCCAUAUAUAGCAAUAUAUCACCUCUUGUUAUAUUUUGGCCGCCAAUGAAGUAAAACAUUUAUUUCGAAACAAUCAUGGAUACAAACCUCAAUCCUGAUAAGCUGUGUACACAUGGCAAUAAAACUUUGAAACUUGAAAUUUGGAAAAAGCACACAAAUAACUACAAUUCCCAAGCGUCAGCGCGGCUGCCAGCUGACCGGGGUAUUCAAACAGCGGUCCUCUUUUAACGUGGUCACCGUCUUCUGUACGCGACUUUGACAGCAGUUGUUUGUUUGUUGGUUAUGGUGAAAGACAUGUCGGGGAAAACUAAAAGCCGAAGCGCAACAAAUGCAGAAUUAACUUCAAUUUCUUGCUACGAGCGCAUCUUACAGGAAUGUCACCAGAUGUACACAGAAGUGGAUAGCGGUUUGAUUUCCUUGGCUCAGUCAGUAGGAGUAACUAUCCUACCGCCGCGAAAGAAAAUCACGGUCAUGCUAAUGGGGAACCACUCUGCUGGCAAGAGUUCUUUCAUUAACUGGUAUGUGGAAGAGCACAUCCUGCGGACUGGAGUGGCCAUUGAAACACAAGGCUUCAGUUUCGUUACCAGUGGUCGCAAGAGAGAGUCUCUUACCGGGAAUGCAACUCUACAUCUCUACCCUCACUACAAACCUCUACAAGAGUUUGCAGGGGUGUCAGAGUACCUCAGCACGGAGAUCUGCACUUCUCGACAGAAGCACUUCAGUCUCCUUACCUUUGUGGACUCACCUGGCCUGGUGGAUGGGGAUAUGAAGUACCCGUUUGAUGUGGAUCAGGCUCUUCUUUGGCUGGGUAAUCUGUGUGACCUUAUUCUGGUGUUCUUUGACCCGAUGGGCCAGGCGUUGUGCAAACGCACCCUGAAUAUUGUGGAGAAGCUGAAUGAGAGCCAUGGUGAUAAGCUGCGGUUCUACCUGAGCAAAGCAGAUGAGGCGGGCAGUGAGUCAGACAGACAGAGAGUGAUGAUGCAGAUUGUUCAAGAGCUGUGCAAGAGACCAGGACUCAACAAGUGUGCAUUUGACAUGCCUACCAUUUAUAUUCCAAACCCCAAUAAACCCAGUCGCUGUGUCAAUCAAAUUGAAGACGUGUGCCGGACCAUUGAGAAGACUUUUAACCAGACUGUACAGAACACACUCAAUUCACUGGAGAAGGACUGCCAGCUCAUCACAGAUGCCAUCCGUAACGCGCUAAGCACUGACAGGAAGCGCAGCCGAGAAAAGUGGCGUGCACAGUGUAAGGGCUGCCUGCUCGGCCUGAUGGGAUUCUCUGUGCCACUAUCAUUGCUGAUGUUACUGCUGCUGGGCAGCCUGUCCAGGGAGACUGUGGAACUGACUUUGGGCAAGGAGGGAACAGAAGCUCUCAGCAUGUACCUGCUGUUCUGUCCAGGCCUGGUCACUAGCUUGAUCUGCCCUUCACGUUCCUUCUGUGUCAGAUACUACUUCCUCAGUUUUGAGCUGCCUGUGCUGUGGGUACUUGAUAGCUUCUCGGUCCAGCAGCAGUUCUACUUCUGCAGCAGCCUCGUCCUGCUUUCCUUCAUUCUUCUUCUCCUGGCACGUUCCGCUUUCCGCACUCAGCUGACUCUAACUGGAAGACAGAAGAGGCAACUACAGGAGAAGCUGGAGUACAUUGAUGAAGCUGUGAAAAAUAAGAAGAAAACACUCUAUGAGGAGUACUUCCGUCAGAGUAUUGGGGAUUAUGAUAUAGACUCUGUAAAGUGAAGAAGAGAAGAGCUGCCAUAACGAUGGCACCUUCGGCACUGAAGUCUUCUGCCACUCCACUGCUCUUGUCCUCUGUGAAUGUUUUGCUCACCCAUUUCCAUGUAAUUUUUGAGAACUUUUCUGGGGGAAAAAAGUUCUGCUGAUACCUGAAGAACAUACUUCACUUUUGUAACAAUUGUCAAUGUUAAAUAAAAGCAUGUAAAUUCAA